AUGGGCCUUAGAAAACCCAGGACCAGCUCUGCAAGGGAGUAUGUACUUCCACAUAGAAAUGACCCAGAAGCCUUGAAGGAGCCUCCUAAAAUGUAUGACUUCAUUGAAUUAUCAGAUUGGCAAAGUUUUGUAAUCUCUAGAUUGAGUGAAAUUGGCAGGAAAUCCAUGAACUCCAAAAGGAGAGGCGCAAUAAAUCACGGGAAGAUUCUUGAUAAGGAGGCAGCUCAAUUGGCUGGAACAAUUGAGAAAUUGUUGAAGGAGAAAGAAGAAGGCCUUAUAACCAUAUCAGGUUAUAAUGAUGUCUUAGCUAUGGCUUUGGGGACCCCUGAACAUGGUGGAAGGGGGAGGGGUGUGGCUAUAGACAAAAAGAUGAUGGAAGAACAACAGAAAAAGCACGAAGCUGCGCAAGAACUUCUUCAAAAGCAAAUAGAGAUGCUGAAGGUGGCGAUUUCCGGUCAAACUUGUAAUGUAUCUAACUCACCCCGUAUUCCAAAUAUUUCUCACAUGUCUGAGAAAGCAUCAACAAACAUACCAUUAAAAUUUAUGGAAGUUGCUGCUGGAAAAGAAGUUUGUGAGGAUGGUUGUGAUGAUGUGGUGGAGCAAAUUGAAGUUGAGGCGAACAAGAUUGCAAAUUGGCUUUCGGCUCAAAGGACAAUAUUGUUGCAAGUGGCACAAUUGUUGACAUCAAUGUGCCUCAACAGCUUGCUUCAUAAUGUUCCUUUAGGAGAGGAAAAUGUAAGAGUCUCUGUUAAUUAUGCCUUAAAUGGAGCUUCUCCACUACCGAUACCAGUAAAAGGAGUGUUGAAUACUGUUGAGGAUGCUGUUGGGUCUCAAGUAGCUUGGCCAGAGGAUCUUAUAGUUUUUCUAGACGAUAUAGUGGAGAAGAAAAAGAAAACUACAAAGGAAAAAUUAGCAAAGUCAUUGUUUCAGUCUAUCCUAGAAACAAUACCAAAGUCUUGCAAGAUUUUAUACGGAUUUGCACAAAAACUGAUGUCCCAAGGUCAGACUCUCGCUUCAUAUAUUGAUGAGGAUGUAUUUGGGGUAGAAAAGAUGAUAUAUGUCCUAAAAGAAGAUGUUAUCAGCUUUAUUCAAAUGAAUGGAAUAGGACACGCUGUAAUAACCGCUUAUAUUAGCUAUUUAUAUAAGUUGGUAAAAGACCAAGAAUGGGAACCAAUGAUUGCAUUUAUGGACCCAAGUCGUACCUUUCAUGAUCCGAACUCAUCGGAUGAGGCAAGGAGGGUUCAAUACAUUGUGAAAGCUUUGAACCAAGCUAGUAUUGACAGCAUCUUUUUGAUCUCAUACAAUCCUGGGUAA